AACUCUUCAAAGCAUGACAAAGUAUAGUCCGGACACGAAUGUGUGCACCUAUAAUCUCUUAUUGUGAUAACUUGAACCUUCAAAAUAUAAGUGUGACAUUGACCUUUAAUAAGGACGUGGUUCUUGGAUGCGACACAACGAUGUCAUGUGAUAGACAUUUGUGCCAAGUUAUUUCAAAAUCCCUUAAUGCAUGACAAAGUAACAGUCUGGACAUGACUGUCGUGUAAGUGGGGACGCACGGACGGACAGACGGACAUCAGCCUUAGCCGCGACACAUCGUCUUGGUGUGGUAGACAUUUGUGCCGAGUUAUUUUAAAAUCCUUCUAUGCAUGACAAAGUAACAGUCCAGACAUGAAUGUGUAUCUCCAAACCCUCCUCGAAAGAAUGAUUACCUUCAAAGUAUAAGUGUAACCUUGACCUUGAAAGAAGUUACAUGGUUCAUGGACGCGACACAUCGUCUUGAUGUUGUAGACAUUUAUGCCAAGCUAUUUAAAAAUUCCUCGAUGUAUGACAAAGUAACAGUCCGGACACGAAUGAAGUGGGGACGCAUAGACAGACAGACGGUGCGAUUUUAAUAUGCCUCCCUUCGGGGGCUUAAAAACUAUUUAACAAUAAGGACCUGAAAAACAACUUAAAUAUCAUAAAAGCAGUACAGUCGCAAUAUAAAAUAAAAAAUGCAGUAUCAUCUAACACCGUUUCUUGUCUGUUGUAGAUAUAAUUGCCGUAGUUAAAGGUAACGCCUACGGACACGGUAGUGUAGAACUUGCCAAGCACCUCAUAGACAUUGGAAUUAGACACUUUGCCGUAGCGUCACCUGGUGAGGGGAUCGAACUUAGGCAAGCUGGAAUCGAUACAUACAUACAAAUAUUUGGAAACGCCUGUGAGGUAGAGAUUCCAGAUUUAAUAGAAUAUAACUUAGUACCAACUGUGGGUUCCAUCGAAUUUCUACGGGAAUGGGCUCUGUACUCAGAGUGCCCAGAAUAUAUAUUUCAAGAACAGUACCAGAGUUAUCAGCGCCCAAUUGUACUAAAGGUUGACACUGGUAUGUCGAGAAAUGGCUUUCAACCAGAAGUAUUAGAUGGCAUUGUCAAUUACUGUGCCGGUAAUGGGAUACAGAUACAUAGCAUCAUGACCCAUUUUGCGGCAGCCUGGGAUAAUCCAGCAUUUACAAAACUACAACUUGAAACCUUCCUCAAUGUGGCCGCUAAAUAUAGACCGAGAGGUAUAAAAUUGCACGUGGCAAAUUCUGCUGGUACCCUACUUGGUUAUGGGAAUGACCUUGAUUUUGUCCGACCAGGGAUUGCUAUGUACGGUCUACCCCCAGAUACGAAACAAAACGCAAUAGACAUGUACAAUUGUCUAGGCCUGCGGCCACUAUUGUCGUGGAUGGCGAAACCUAAUCUCGUUAAAACAAUGACAGAAGGACGUACAGUCGGAUAUGACAAUACUCACAGGUGCGAAGAAGGGGAGGUAAUCGCAACUUUAUCACUGGGAUAUGCCGACGGUUUUAACAGGUUGUUGUCGGGGAAAGGAAUCGUCACUACUGAAAAUGGUGCGGAGUGCCCAGUGAUAGGUCGGGUUUCGAUGGAUGCCAUCUCAGUGCGUCUACCUUGCCAGGAAGAUAAAUAUUCUAACUUCUUUAUCAUAAAAAAUGAUUAUACCUCGCCUAAUUCUGUUGUUAACCUAGCCAAAAUGUUACACACAAUAACCUAUGACGUAGUUACAAGUCUUGCUGCACGACUCGCUCGUGUGUACGCAAGGAAAGGUGUAAUAUACACGACGAGGACAUAAACAUGACAAUAACCUAACUGCCAUAGUUGAAACAUUACCAGAAUGUCACGUGUUCAACGAUUAUUGUUUUAAUAUUGUUGAAGUACUUAAUCUCAGGGACCAAACAUUUUUGUUCUUACUUUACCACAUAUGUAUUAAAAACAAGCAUUAUUUACAGUGUGCAUUUGUGUAAAAAUAUUUUGCAUAAAACCUGUUUGAAAAAAAGGCAUUUGUAUAUGACCUAUGUAAAUAUUUGACUAUCUGUCUACAUGUUAUAUUAUUUGCAAAUUACCUUUAACACGAAAUCCGUUAUCUGAACAUUUUUGUUUGUUAUGUUGCAAUAUUUUUUUUUGAUAAAAAUGAAUAUAUUCUUACCAAUCUU